CAUUAUUGGAUCAUAGCUUGAAAAUUCUUGCAGUCGCAUUCGAUUCCUCGCACAAACCGGAGCUCAACCAUGGGCGAGUCAGACAAGAAGGAAGAUCCUGCCCCUGCUGCAGAUGCAAAGGCACCAGCUGAUAAGUCUGCAGCUAAGGCAGAUGGAGUGAUUGAUAAAAACCCGGAGGUAUGGAAGGCCGUGGCGAUGGCCGAUCACUUCGAGAAGAUCCAAAAACUUCCUGAGAAGCUCGAGGGGGUACCUAACUUCAGACGUGUCCCUGGAUAUAAGGUGUACUGCUGUGGUCAACCCACCAAAGAUGGCUUCAAAAAGGCUUUGGAGAAGGUGUGCGGUGAUAAAUAUCCCAAAACUGGACCUAUCAUCUGGAUCAACAUGAGACAAGAGCCCAUUGUUUACGUCAAUGGUAACCCCGUCUGUGCCCGCCCUCCCAACAAGAUCGGCGAAUACGCCGAGUUGGGCGAUGUCACCCGAGCCCAGGCCAAAGCUGACGAAGAGGAGUUCCUUAAAGUUUUGGAGUCGCGAUCAAAGAACGCAGGCGGCAAGCUCAAGGUGGUGGAUGUGACCAAGGUUGAAAAGGAAGUGGAAGUCAAGGAGCUGACGACUCUUCACACGAUCAUUGAAGACCUCAAGGCUACCUAUCCCGGCUUGACUCACAAUAGAAUUCCCGUGUGCAAUUCUUCCUCUCCUAAUGAAGAAGACUUCGACACCUUGUGCAACGCCAUUUUGGGAACCAAUGUGAACGCUCCUGUUAUUGUUAACUGUCAGGUUGGUCUCAGUCGCUCCACCACUGGUUGUGUGUGUGCUUGUCUUUUCCGUGAAUUCCAAUUGUCGGCCAGCUACGAGGGUCUCAUCGAGACUGUCCCUGGCGUCAAUUUGCAACUCCUGCGAAUGGAUAACUACACCAUUGACAAAAGCAAGGAUACUCUCUUCCGAGGAGAGUUCCAAGUGGUCAAGGAGUUGAUUGCUGCUUUCCCCGACGGUGACGCUUCCAAGCGUGAAUGUGACAAGGUUAUUGAUAAGAACGGACCUGCCCCCAAGGGAACUGGUAUUAAACAGCUUCGAGAGAAUAUUGCCGAGUCCAAGUUGAGCUAUGAGAUCAUGGACGAUGCCGCCCAGGCUUUCCUGAAGACCAAGAUCAUGGACAACAUCCAAAAGUACUUCUACUUGAUCUGCUUUACUGGUUACUUGCGAGAACAGAGUAAGAUUGCCGUGAAUGGAAUCAGCGAGGAGGAGAAGAAGGCUUUCUCUUUAACCGGAGGAAAAGUGUCUACCCCAACUGAAAACCUUAAGCUGACCCGCACAUUCCAAGAUUGGAUGACGGAGCACUCAAACUUCCGGGACAUUUGUUCCGAGGGCAAGGGGAAGCUUCAAUGGGAGCGGGACAUUCCCCAAGAUGCUCUGGAUAACCUUCAGAAUCUGGCUCAAAGCGACUUCCACAAGAACUUGGGCAAGAUCAUUCACGACAUCUACUUGACCGGACACAAUCUCUUCAAGGACAUGCCCCAAGGUGAUCACAAGAAGAGGGCCAAAUAUAGGUUUGCUUCGAAGACUCUGAUGAGGAUUCUGCCUGACGGCAUCAAGAACGAAGUCGAAGAACUUAUUGCCAAGGAGACUAUGACCUUGGAUCUCUACGAGAUCUUGGGACAAUGCACAUGGAACCAAUCGAAAUCCUUGUAAAUGCAAUGCCAUCAACCCCUUAACAAUCAUCCAUGCUACCCAAUCCAUUUUUUCCGAGAAGUAAAAUGUUUUGUGCUCUUCAAAAAAA